GGGUUGGAGGGCUCGGAGGAGAGUGAAAGGCUGCGGCAGAUCCCAAGGAGGUGUGGAAACCUUGAAUUGGUGCCUGAAGGCAGUUUUGGGAUGGAUAAAGGCCAAUAAACUGAAGCUUAAUCCAGACAAGACAGAGGUGCUAUUGGUGCGUGGAAAGACUGAACCAGCAACUGAGGUCUCUCCUGGAUGGGGUUGCACUCCUCCCUAAAGGAGCAGGUUUAUAUGAGUGACCAAAAAUUCUCUUUACGCUGAGCCAGCAGGGAGUGGGGUGAAGAUGCCAAUACCUCCUCCCCCUCCACCAGGACCACCCCCACCCCCCACUUUCAAUCAGGCAAACACAGAACCUCCAAAACUGAACAGGGACGAACAGCGAGGGAGGGGAGCCCUACUGCAAGAUAUCUGCAAAGGGACCAGGUUGAAAAAGGUGACCCAAGUCAAUGACCGGAGCGCGCCCAUAAUUGAGAAAUCCAAGGGGUGCGGUGGCAGCAGCAGUGGCUACAGUUCCAGUACAUCUCCCCUGCAGCCAAAGGGAGGUCUUUUCCAAGGUGGCGUUCCUAAGCUUCGACCCAUAGGAGCAAAGGACAAUUCUGUUUUGGAGAGCCCCUCUGGGAAACAGUCCUUACACGUUCCAGGGUCCAGAUCAGCUGCUCCACGGCCCCCAGUGUCUGCUACCAGCAGCCGUCACCAAGAUGACACCGAUAACAGCCGGGCUUCCCCCCCAGAGCUUCCUCGUACACAAAGACCUUCCUUGCCAGAUCUCUCGCGGCCAAACAGUGCCAGUGGUACCGGCAUGAAACAUAGCUCAUCGGCUCCACCACCUCCACCUCCAGGACGCCGAGCUAACGCACCUCCUGCUCCCCCUUCCAUGCACAACAGCAAAGCACCUUCCUACAAUCGUGAGAAGCCAUUGCCUCCAACCCCAGGACAGAGGCAUCCAGGGAGCCGGGAUGGGCCGCCAGCUCCUCCGCCCAUCAAGCCACCUCCUUCCCCACUGAAUCUCCGAACAGGACCAAGCAGUCAGGGCCAGUCUCUGGCACCCCCUCCUCCGCCUUACCGGCAGCCUCCUGGUGUCCCUAAUGGUCCUGCCAGCCCCACCAACGAAUCUGCCCCCGAACUUCCACAGAGACACAAUUCCUUGCAUAGGAAGACACCGGGGCCUGUGAGGGGCAUGGCACCACCGCCACCCCCUUCAGCUUCCCCUUCUUUACAGAGUAGUCGGCCCCCUCCUCCUGCUCGUGAUCCUCCAAGCCGAGGUGCAGCCCCUCCACCGCCACCACCCAUUGUCCGAAAUGGUGGUAGAGAUGCACCUCCCCCUCCUCCACCCUACAGAAUGCACGGGUCUUCGGAUCCCAUGAGCCGCGGGAAACCGCCCCCACCGCCCACUAGAACACCAGUUGGGCCGCCUCCUCCACCCCCACCAAUGAGAAAUGGGCACCGGGACUCAAUCUCCACCGUCAGAUCUUUCUUGGAUGACUUUGAAUCCAAAUAUUCCUUCCAUCCAGUUGAAGAUUUCCCGGCCCCAGAAGAGUUCAAGCACUUCCAGAGGAUUUAUCCCAGCAAAACAAACAGAGGGACUCGUGGGGCCCCGCCUCUGCCUCCCAUUCCCAGGUGAAAAGCAGCAGCUGGGCAUCGUUGCACGGUGCCAAAACAAAUAGACCUGUUUUCCUCUCCUCAGCUUCUUCUCCUUCCUGUCCCAAGAAACCUGCAUGACAAUUACACUCCUGCUAUUGAUUUUGUUUUCCUUCCUUCACAACCGUUGCAAGAACCGGAUGAAUCCACCAUCUCUCACCUCUGUCUAUGCAUUUCACACCUGGACUUUAAAAGGACAUCUCUUCGUACCAACAGCUGGGUGAGAUCUCUCCUCUGCAGAUCUGAAUUGGUUUCUUGCUUUCUCCGCUGCUCAUGUCAUGUAGGGAAAGUUCAGAUCAUGACCACUGAAGAAUUAAGGGCACAAAGGAGCAUUUCCCAGAAAAGCAUGCCAAACAGGACAGUUUUGGAACUGCGGGCCUGCUUACGACAGUGGCUUCUGUCUUUGUUUUUUGCCUGCUGUGGGGAAAGGGAAAUGGCUGUGAAUUGGGUGAAAGGGGAGUUCCAGGUUUUUUUAAAAAAGAGGUUCAACAUAAAGAACUGAAUUAUCUAAAUCUGUUGGAUGCAGACACUACAUAACUUACUAACUUGUUAAACUAUAUAACUUGAAGUAAGGAGGACAGAAAAUGAGUAUCAACAGCAUGCUGCUAGAGCAAGGCCUGCAUAGUGGAAGAACACAACUGUCUCCUUUGCCAAGGCAGUAAGAGAAAUUCAGGGUCCACUGCAUAGCUGUAUUUUGGGGUUCUGCCUUGUCAUGCAAAUUUGAGAGCCCUCCUCUCUAACGAUCCCAUGGAGUGUGAGAGAGGUCAAAAUGCCACAUGUGAACAGAACAUUGGUGGCUGCCCCCUGCAACAUGUCCAGUUUAUUAAUAAAUACUGGGAUGAGAGCCACCCUUGAAAGCAGCAGUGGGGAAAUGGCAGCAGCAAGCUGAUUGCCAGGGUACAGUAGGAUUGAAAGUGACACCUGAGUACUGCAGCAGUGCCAGGGCACAGUGGACUUUAGGCCUCAAAUCUUUGAAAGGGGGGCUCUCUUAUUGGCUUCCUCAGGAGAUCCUGUCCUGCGGUUCCAACAAAUGGUGGCAUAGUCCUGUUGUGGCCCCUUUGUUCUGCUGGUAAGUCGAAUGGGAUAGACCUACCUGUAUCUUUAACACACAGCCCAAAUCUACACUCUUCUGCUAUGCUCCCCUUUGUGCUGAAGGUGGACAGGUAUGACUGAGGUGAAUGUCUAUGAGGCAUUGAAAGUUGAUCAAAUUAAGAAGUCUUCUGCUCUAGUUAUUAGCAGUUCACUGCCUUUGUGACACCCCAAUUAAGAUCUGAUUUUUUUAAUUGCUUAAAAUGCUUAAAUGAUCACAUUAGCUACUUUAAUCCAAAGUAAUUCACGUUACUAGGUGAUAAACCAUUCUGAUUAAGUAAUUCUUAAGGUGCAUUGUGGUGGGAAACAGAGAUCCUGUUGUAUGCUUUGUCAGUUGUGUACAAUUGACGGUGUGUGGUUGGUGAUUCUUGCGCCAGAUUUGGGUGAGGAGGAGAUAAAGUGGUGUGCCACUAGAUGGAGACCUGAUAACACUACCUUGCUGUUUGAGAUCAGAGUGGUGUUGUGUCCCCACUUAUCUUUUCCUAGUAAUAGAGGGAAAGUUGUGUACACACUUGUCAAUGCAAUAAUUUGCAGUACUGAUAACAGGCCUUUUGGGAACAUUAUGCUACGCUUGCCCCCAAGUCUCUGUGCGUGUACAGCCUGCUGGGAAAAUCACUACUAGACUGUCUCGCCCCCAUUCGGGGCCACAGUACCAUAAAUCUAGGCUUGGAGGAGAAUUCUUCCCCUCCUUCCUAUGAUGCGGUUGUUCAAACUCUCUGCAGACAGUUACACAACACCAAACCUAGCUUGCUUGUUGGUGGGUAUUUUUUGCCUUACACACUACUUCGUCAUGUGACUGGUACCAGAUUUAUUAUUAUAAUUAUUGUGUAUAUUUACUCUGAAAUAACUUGGGGGUUCGGGAAAUGUGUUAUAAUCAUAAAUAUUGAUCUAUUUUGUAUGUUGUAAAAAGUUUGUAAUAUAGGAUCAAGGUGGGCUUCCUGGCUGUAUACUACAAAAGUUCUCACCUUCUACUUAUCUUUUUUUCCUUCCUACGAUGAUGGAAAUUGUGUCUGCAUUUAUGUUUAACAACUAGGCAGCCCCUCAUGUUGAGGGCCAGUGCUUGGUUUGAGGAAUUUCUUUUUUUGUUUUUUCUUCUGGAGGAAAAUUAAAAUCUUGCCCAGCAUAGCUGCCUGGGACAAGAAGUUGAAUGCACUGCAUUUGGGGAUGGUAUGUUUUUGAUUAAUUUUUUUAAGUCAUGUUCCCUGUAAUUUUAGCUUCCUGUAAAUGAUUCCUUUGGGAAGCAGCUGUGAAGGGGGAUUCCUAAGCUUGAAACAGCAGUGUAAUUAAAACUUAAUAAAAGAGGCACGUGUGUGUGACUUGCAUGUUCUGGGCCAAAGCACUGCUUUGCUUUUCCCUUCUUUCUCCUUGUUUUCUGCUGGCACAUUGGUUCAACGUUUGGGGGAGGCCUGUUUUGCCUUUUCUUACUGACCUGAGAAGUUGGGAUUUCAUAUUGAAGUGGGUGGUAGUAGCCUUUCCCCUAAAGCACAGGGCAGAUUCAUAUGGCAUUUGGGAAAAAAAUCAUCACAGUUGCCCUAUCACAAAAUUAAAAAUCUCAAUUUGUUCUCUCAGCCUCUGGUCCAUAGAGGAUUCUACUAAACUGUAUCUGAAUUUGUAUGGAAAGCUGUUCCCUGACAUGACAGGAGAUUCAGGCUGCUCUCCUCAUUCAGCAGAAUCAAGUGUUUUUCCUAGACUUUGCCACAGCAGAGGAGGAAGGAAUGCAUGUUUGAAUACUAACGUAUCAUUAAAAAAAUAAAUCUCCUUGCACAUACAAAACUGUUGGUGAGAAGGUUCUGCUGAGCAUUUUUCUGACUUGCUAUGUUUGGAGGCAUAAACAUGAUUGUGCAUGUACAUCCUAAAAGCGGUACAGUCCAGUAAAAAAAUUUUCUGCUGAAUGUAUGAACCUCUUUAAAUGGAGGCUAACAAAAGGAUCGAUUUGAUUUAAUUUCUGUAGCUGUGACAAGUGUAUAUUUUGGGGGAAGGGAACCUGCUAUUGAGAAAAUGCAAGGAGAGAAUUUCCAGGCUACAAAUUGAAAGUGUUGUUUGCCUGAUUUCCUAAUACAGUUGCGCUAACUGAUCGGGAUCCAAGUAGAGCAAUGCCUCAAGGUGAGAGAGGGUAUGCAGCAUAACAACACGCUAGGGCCGUCUGCAACAUAUUUUGGAUAUAAACUCUUGAGAGACUGCAAUCACUUAAUUACCCUGGAAGAACACUUCUGAAGUAACAAGUCUGCAGAAUUCAGCACCUGGAAUAUGCCUGCUUAAAAAAAUAGAAACAGAGGCUUCUAACUGUUGUGGUUAUAAAGAAAUUUCUGGAAAUAUGUGGGGCAGUGCCUAGUAAAAUCAGAGGUGCCAGAAGAGUGAAAUAAGAUUUCUGAGGGUCCAGAAGGAUGGUUUUUUGUUGUCCUGCAGUGUUCUCUGCACCUUAACAGAAGCCCGGUAGCACCUUAAAGCCUAACAAUAUUUAUUCUAGUAUGAGCUUUUGUGAGACAGAGCUCACUUCGUCAGAUACAGUCAAUCCCCUUUGUAUCCAAAGAAGUGAGCUCUGUAUCGCAAAAGCUCAUGCUGGAAUAAUAUUAAUCUUUAAGGUGCCACUUAGACUACUGUUUGUUUUGAUACAGUAGCCUAACACAGGUACACUCCUGAAUUUUGCACCUUGCCAUGACUAGCAGAAGCAAUUACGGAAAGUGAAAAUAAUGCAUAUUUGCUGCAGAUUUUCUCCAUAGGCAAAAUUUAAAUACGGGUUGCAGAAGUAAGUGUUUCUUGAGGUGACAUUUAGGUUAUCUUGGCUCAGUUCUCUUUAUCAUGGAUCUGUCCUGCUCUAAAGUCUUCUGUUUUCAGCUAGAGUCAGAAACUGUACUAGAAUACCAGGCAAAAAGUUGUUGCACAACUUGGGGAAGGGUGUGAAGGUGUCCAUGAUUGAAUAGCAAGUUGACUCCAAGCUUCGCUCACUGUGCCUUAAGCUCCCAGUGGGUUUUUGGAUGUCUGUCUCAGAUUUAGCAUCUGCAAAGCAUACAUGCAUUUUGUAUCUUUUGUAUUAAUGCAUUUUUUUAAAAAAAAAUUAACUGGAGAAACACUACUGAGAGAAUUUCUGUGGUUUUAGAAACCAGAAUUUGGGGUUUCUUGCACUGUUCCAGAAUUUCAAGUCUGUCCUUAAGAUAAGCAAUUGUAUGUACACUUCAUAUUCUGCCUGUCUUUUGUAAGGAUUUGGGGAUGGGGGGGAACCCUUUGGUCAAGAUUGUUCUAGUUUUCUUGCUGUGGACAUAAAAGUAUCCCAUUUGUGUUUUUUAAAUGCCAUUUUAAUGGGUUGGAGAAUUUUAUACAGUUCUGUUACCCUCCCCCACCUUGUUACAAGAUAUGGAACCGGGGCAUUAUCUCCAAGAAAUAUUCUUGAUGUGAUCUUUGGAGAAGUUAUUCUUUGUCAUUUCCUCUCCCCCACCCAGUCUUUAGUAAAUCCAUAAACUGUGUGAUGGAUUAUUUUGCUGAAUUCUUUUUGGUAUUCUUAUAUUUAUAGUAUACAUGCUUGUUGGCUGAAAAAAACCCAAACACUAAACACACACCUCUCUCUGAAGUUUUCCCCCAAGGGGAUCUCUGAAGAACACGACCAGCCAGUUUCCUCCAAGGCUCAUUUGCAGAAUGCUCUGCUGAAGGCGUGAGUGGAGAGGAUGGCUGCAUGCUCUUCACUCACUAGGCUUCUGCUAGAGGGCUUCAGCUUGGAGUUGGUGAGUUGCGAAACCACACAGCGAGGUUUCCAAUGCAGUGUAAGCUUUGUAAAAUGUACAGCAUCGAGUAGAAGGUGGUGGGCUUCCCUGGCAAUCUCUUCUCUCUUCCUCCGUAUCAUUAAAUCAAAUCCUUAAGUUUAAUCAGAAUCCCAUUUUUUUAAAAAAGCUACUAAUUCUCAAUGUUUCUCUGUGUAGAGAUGAGGGUUUUUUUAAAUGUGAGAAGUGAUACUAUCUGCUGGUGAAGGCUUUUAAAAAGAGAGGUGUGCUGGAGAGGAGAAAGAAUGGGCUUCAUUCUUACCUCCUUCCUACAAGUGGCAUACAGUGCCUCCUUCCCUUUGACUGUUUCACUAACUUGCACGACACUGUACCUGACCCACAGUACGUGGUGCUGUCUCUACUAAAACUGUAAUUCCAUCUGCUCGUGCAGAAUUGAGUCUGUGUCCAUGAUCUAAUAAAUUAAUCAAGUACCAA